GUGUUACUCCUCGGCGAUAAACAGAUCUCAAAUUGAACGGACCGGGGUCAAGGGUGUAUUAAAGUGCUCAUAGCAAUGAGUUUCUCCAAGUUUCUGGCUCCUCGAUUGGGGUCUCGGAUUUCCGAUUCAUCUCGACGUUGGCUAUCCAUCACAAGAUGUGCUCAGAGUGAAGAGCACACCGUGAAAUCCGAUAUCAAAAGCGUCCAGUAUCCCCGAGAACACCUUACCGACUUCAUUUGGAAGAGGAGCGUUCAGCAAUGGCCGCAAAAGACUGCUUUGGUGAAUGGUUUGUUGGGUCAAGAGUACACCUACCAAGAGAGCUACGACAGGGUUCAAAAUGUGGCCACGGCCUUGCAUCAAAUGGGCGUGCGGAAGGGCGAGGUCAUGGCCUUGUUCCUGCCCAAUUUGGUGGACUAUCCAAUCAUCAUAGGGGGAGCAAAUCGGGUGGGCAUGGUUGUCACUACGGUUAACCCCACUUACACGCCGUCGGAAGUGGCCAGACAGUUGACGAUGAGCAAGGCCAAGAUCUUAGUGACCAUGGCUCCGUUCUUGGUGACGGCCAAGGAGGCCUUGACCAAAGUAGAGGGUGGAAGCGAUAUCACCAUCAUCGUUGUGGAUGGAGAUGACCACCGCUCGGAUCAAGAGCUAUCCUAUUGCAAAUUGCUGGUCCAGAGCAGAUGUCAGAGUUUUCCGGACGACGCCGAUAGCUUCAAUUUUUCGAACGAUAUCGUAACUCUACCUUACUCCUCCGGAACCACGGGUCCUCCCAAAGGGGUCAUGUUGUCUCAUGAGAACAUCGUUAGUAACAUUGUCCAAUCUGUCUACCCGGAUGAGCUGGAAUUCCUGAAAUUCGCCACGGAGGAGUUUCAACCUUCGACAGUAUGUGUCUUACCGUUGUUCCAUGCCUUUGGUCUGGCUGUUACCACCUUGCCGACCUUACAUGUGGGUGGGAAAGUGGUGUUGUUACCCAGCUUCGAUCCCAAGACCUUUCUUAAGGCCCUCGAAGACUACAAGCCCUCUUUCCUGCACUUCGCUCCUCCUUUGGUUGGAUUUUGUGCCAAUCAUCCUGAUGUCAAGCCUCAUCACUUAGAGUCCGUGGAGUCAGUGUUUGUGGGUGCAGCUCCACUUGGAAAAGCUCUCAUUGACAGAUUCUUGAAAAAGGCUCCUCAAGUUAAGAUCAGAGAAGGGUUUGGCAUGACGGAACUGAGCCCGGUUGGAACCAUCACGCCGAACAAAAGCAUUGUGGAAGGAUCUUGCGGAUUGUUGAUGCCAAACACUGAAAUGAAGAUUGUCGACCUUUCCACAGGAACGAACCUUCCCUCAGGCAAACGAGGCGAGCUGUGCAUAAAAGGGCCACAGGUUAUGAAGGGCUACUUGGACAAUGACAAGGCCACAGCCCAAACCAUUAAAAAUGGCUGGCUCCACACCGGCGAUAUCGCCUACUAUGAUGAUCAGCACUAUAUAUAUAUUGUGGAUCGAUUGAAAGAGCUUAUCAAAGUCAGUGGGUUCCAGGUUCCUCCGGCAGAAUUGGAAGACCUUCUGCGCACUCAUCCCUCUGUUUUGGAUGUAGCUGUGAUUGGAAUCCCAGAUGAGAGACGUGGUGAGGUUCCUCGAGCGUACAUUGUGAUCAAGCCCCAACAAGCCCUGACCGAAGAGGAGGUCCAUGAAUUCGUCAACAAGCAAGUGGCCGAGUACAAACGUUUGUUGGGAGGGAUGGAAUUUGUGGAGGUCAUCCCAAAAUCGGCGGCGGGCAAAAUACUGCGAAAAGACCUCGUGGCCAGAUUCAAAAGCCAAUAAGAGAGAGCCAUCUGCGUAAUGACGAAUUUUUCAAUGGCCGCUGAGGGCAACAUAUAUACUUCCAAUAAAUACAGACAACGUAUCGUAUGCCAA